AUGAACUCGUCGUCAAAGUCGUCGUCGUUACGGAAGGUGGAAUUUCCAUCGUCGUCGUCCAGAGGAGGAGGAGCUUUCGCGUCGUCUUCUUCUCCACAAAAUUCGUGUUCUUCUUGGGAAACUUUCGACGACGACGACGUGCACUGUAACGAUGAAAACGAUGAUGACGAUGCGCGCGCACGUCGAAGUGUGCGUCGUCGUCCUUCUUUAGCCGACGCGCAACCUUCGAACCGCGACCGAACAACCGAGGAGAAUAAUAACGCUGAAAAAUCUGCUUCUGCAAGAAACCAUCAUCCGAUAUCCGAGGACGUCGCGUUCGCGCGGAUGAACAAACCGAACGACGUUCGGUUACGAAAUCUGUUUUUUCAGCGAGACGUUUCCGUGUACUCUUCGGUCGCAGAAACGGCGCGAAUACGAGCGAAUACGUUCAACGCGAACGGGAAGAAACCAAACGAAAAGUUGGACAUUCGAGACUGGUUGAUGAAUGACGACGGUGAUGAUGAUGCCGUGGUUGACGUCUACGCGGUUGGGUUUCAAGAGAUUGUGCCGUUGCAAGUGCAGAAAGUAUUGAAAGUGCAAGACGUGGAGCGAGACGCGCGGAUGUGGGACGAGAAGAUUUUGAGAUGUUUGAAUAGUGUUAGCGCUAGAAAUGGGGUAGGGGGAGGAUACGUGAAAAUAACGUCCGUGCAGUUAGUUGGGGUGUAUUUGACGAUAUUUGUUCGCGAGGAGUUGAUUCGAAAAGGUUCUAUACGAGAGAGACCAAUCGCGACGAAAGUCGCGACUGGAUUUUCUUUGGGAUUCGGGACGGGAUCUAUGAACGUAAAGUUAGGGAAUAAAGGUGGGUGUUGCGCUUUGAUAAAGAUACGAGAUACGACGAUUGCGUUCGUAUGCGCGCAUUUAGCGGCGGGGUCUAAAGAGGAAGACGCAAAGAGAAGGAAUGCGGACGCGGCGGAAAUUUUGCAAAAGUGCGUGUUCGCUCCGGACGAAGACGAACAAGGAGAGGAUGAAAGAGAUUUUCGUUCUUCGAAUAGUAUUCGAUGGGAAAAGCCCUCGCGAACGAGAACUAUACACGACGCGACGGUCUCGAUAUUCUUUGGCGAUCUGAACUAUCGCUUAAACGCUCCGAAAGAUGACGUGUUAGAACACGUUCGCUUAAAAUCGAACGAAGCCGAAUUGAACGCGUCAUCGUUUCGUGCGAGCGCGAGCAAUUAUAUUCCACUCUUGAAGCACGAUCAGUUAUUAAACGAAAUGCAAAGCGGGAAUGUGCUCCCAGGCUAUCGAGAAGGUUCUAUUGAGUUCCCUAUGACGUAUAAAUUUAAACCCGGGACGUCGCGGUAUUCCGGCAUCGGACGCGCUGCUACGUCAUCGUCAAAAGACAACAUAAACAACAACGAAUCCGAUUACGAGAACGAUUUCAACGACGAAUUUGACGACGGUGAAAGCAAUAGCACCAAAGCAGACGAUAAGGAAGAGAAAAAGAAGCGCGCGCCGGCGUGGUGCGAUCGAGUUUUAUGGAAAGGCGACGAUUUACAUCUGUUGGGAUACAGAGACCACGACGAGAUUUACCACUCAGACCACAAACCAGUAUCUGCUACGUUUGAGUUGAAGUGUCGUACGGUCGAUUAUAACGGUCGUUUAGAGCGAAUGCUGACAGAUUUACAGCGGAAGUUAGAUGCCGAAGAGACGAACAGAGCGCACGCGACGAAGGUAGUUUUGGAAAGCGGCACCAUGUGUGAUUUUGGCGAGGUGCAUUAUUGCGAGCGAGUGACGAGGAGGAUUCAGUUCAAAUUCCCACGAAACAAUCACGGGAACGCGGUGUCCUUUACUCUUGGAUUUCACGGCCGCGGGGGAAGUUACGACGACCUCGUCAACGAUACCGAAGACGACGCGCCAAAAUGGGUGCGCGAUAUUACGCCAGCGAAAGCAACCGUUUCUGCUGAAACGUCCGUGUUUGUAGACAUCUCUGCGUUUGUUGGUGGAGCAGGAACUAUUCGUUCUGUAGGCGCAUCGAAUUCGCUCGACGCCGUUCUAGUAAUCCGCGCCGAACAUUGUCAAGACGCGUACAUUGCACUCACGGGUGUGUAUGCGCAAAAUCCGAUUUUCGGCGCGCCUUUGCGCUCCUUACCUCCGAGCGUAUUUCCACCGGAUGUUCCGUCAGUCAUCUCUACACUGAUCGACUCGCUCUUUGCGUUUGGUUCGAUAUCGAAGAAUGAUUUGUUUACGCAGAAAAGCAGCGAAAAGGAAAGGAUGAAUGCCGUGAAUAACUGUUUGCGUCUGUGCGGAGUCUCCCAGAGCGCGUUCAACGACAUGCAUUCCUCCUCUUCCUCUUCCUUGUUGGACGAUUUCACCGCUUUGUCCGUGAUGUCCUCAUCGAAACCAUCCUCUUCGGUGGUGGAACUCGCGCUUGCGUUAUUGGAAUUCUUCCACGCUUUACCCGAACCGCUCUUUGGCGACGGCUCUCUCUUUACGGGAUGUUUCCGAGAUGAAGAGUAUAUGGACGAAGCGGCGAGAAAGCAACGCCUCGAAAACGUCUUGCGCCAGUCGUUGGAGAAAACUGCGUACGCGUCGGCGACGUACACUCUCGCGUUCUUAACCAACUACGUCGGCAGAAACUCUCCUUCAUCGUCAACCCGACUCGAAAGCGUCUGUCGCGCCUUUGCAAACGCCUGGUUUUCGAAAGCAGACGCCUCGACCUUUUCGCUCGUCCGUCGCCAGGAAAUCGUGAAAUGUUUACUGUCUUCCUCCGGGAACACCGCCGCGACUACUCACCAUCAGCAAUUGAACGAUUUAUUCUCCACCACAAAUAGUACCACCACCACCAAUAGCAAUCCCACCAAUAGCGCUGCCGGGGCCGCGAAAGUCACGCGCAGCUUGCUCGAUUUGUAA